CCGGUUGACUGUAUCAGAUCUAGUAGACCUAGAGUCUAGAUCUAGAUUAGAAUCUAGACUAGAUCUAGAGAAUCUAGAGAAUCUAGACUUUUAUCACUGAACUUUAGAAAAACAAAAUGAAUUUAGCUUAAGCUAAAGAGGCAGUAAAUAAAUUUGUUAGGAUGAGCUCAGACUCAAAGAAGCAGUUUCGACAUAGUGAUUCAGCAUCUGAUUCAGAUGGAAGUGAAGAUGACGACCUCUCCCUCAAAAGUUCCAACCAUGAGACGAACAGCAUCAGCGCUACGGGUGGUAAGAGCCACAAGAAGCGAAGCAGCCGCAAAGCACAACAAGAGUGGGAUGUUUUAGAGGGCUUAAAGGAAGGUCAAGCAUGUCCUGAAAAGCCAGAAAAAUUUCAAGGCUAUCUGAUGAAGAAAAGAAAAUGGCCAAUGAAAGGCUGGCAUAAAAGAUUCUUUGUGCUGGAUAAAGGCAGUUUGGUUUAUGCGAAGACAAGUCUAGAUAUUCAGAAAGGGAAGUACCAUGGACUGAUGGACAUUGCUCUAGCUGUCAUCACUUACAAACGUCGAGGCCAGAGAAUCGAUAUAGACGCAGAGGAACAGGUUCAUCACUUGAAGCUGAAGGAUAAGCCUCUGUUUGAAGAUUGGCUGAGUAGAUUAAAACAACACAGGCUGUAUCGUCAACAUGAGAUCAUGAGGAAGGGUUCUGCAAGAAUCGAUGAUGCCAACUCACCUGUUACAGAACGGCCACCUCUACUUACCACUGCCAACUUUCCAGAUUACAUCCGCCAGCAGCCAUUUAAAAGAGAUGCUGUCAGGCAGUCGAGUUUUAAAGGAGGUCAGGGUCGAGUUGUUACCUGGCUUUUGGACUCUUCUGGAUUUGAGCUUAGUGGAAAAAAUCUGCAGAGCUGUCAGGCUGACUUGAGUGAACUCAGAGAUUUGCUGGAAAAGAUUCAAGCAUUACCUUUGUCAUCAGAUGCAACACUGGAUGCUUCAAGAGUUCGGUAUCCUGGCACUCCCAGAGGUAUGCAGAGUAUCCCCACCUUGCUGCUCCCUUCCCCUACUGACCGCCUUCAUGCUAGUGCUUCCAACCCCAACCUGCUGAACUACGCUAGUGACAUCUCCUCUGGCCACAUCCCACCUGCGCAGCUGGUGAAUGACCCUUCCUUCAUGGCAGGUCAUGAGUUCAGGAUACAGGAAUUAAAGCUUCGAGAACAUUUCCUCUCGAAAUCAGAAUCUGUGUUUGUCAAAUUGAAAGACUUGCUGAACAUGGUCAGCUCUGAGAGGGAAAGAAUCAGAAAUGCCCUGGAGCAAGAACUAGACCCAAGCAUUGUCAACCCAGCUGGAAAUUUGAAAAAUGCACUGAUAGAGGCACAGAAACAAAAUGCUGAUCUCCGGGCUAGACUCUCUCGCAUCCAUGCAGAUUCAUCCUUGUCUGAUCUACCUUUGGUGCAAACAGCAUUAUCUCCUCUGCCUACUGUGAGGUUCAGUCCAGCUUCUGACAAAAUCAAUGUGGCCCAGAGUCUGUCCCUGGACAGCUUCUCUUUGUCUGAGUACUAUGAUGCUGAGGAAAACUUUGGAACUAUCAGUGAUUCCUCUUCUGAGCCAUCUGAUGAAGAGGUGUCCAGUGAGAUCUCAGAAGAUGGCACAGAAUUUGAUCACACACAAGGUGGGACUACAGAUAAGGCAAUGCAAGCUAUAUGUGCCACUGGGAGAAGGAGUCGUCUUCCUGUUCCUAAACCUGAAAUACCUGAUGUAAGUCUCUGGGGUCUGCUGUAUCGAAAUAUUGGCAAGGACCUUACCAAGAUAUCUAUGCCUGUAACAUUGAAUGAGCCUCUCAGCAUGUUACAGAGACUUUGUGAGGAGUUAGAAUAUAGUGAGCUACUGGACAAGGCUGCUGAGUAUGAUGAUCCAUUGGAACGUAUGAUUUAUGUCGCUGCCUUUGCUGUCAGUGGCUAUGCCAGUUCCUACUACAGAGAGGGACACAAACCAUUCAACCCAUUACUUGGGGAGACAUAUGAGUGUAUUAGGGAAGACAAAGGCUGGAAGUUUAUUGCUGAGCAGGUCUGCCAUCACCCCCCAAUAUCAGCUUGUUAUUGUGAGUCUAAGAAUUUUAAGCUUUGGCAAGAUGUUAGGAUGAAGACCAAAUUCUGGGGCAAGUCUAUGGAGAUACAACCUUUGGGCACUGUCAAUGUGGUUUUACCAAAGUAUAGAGAUCACUACAAAUGGAAUAAAGUGACCACAUGUGUUCAUAAUUUACUAGGAGGUCAGCGCUGGGCUGACCAAUAUGGGGAAAUGACCAUUGUUAAUGGAAGCAUUGUGUGCAAGAUUACCUUUACCAAAGGCACCAAUAAUGCAUCCCCCAAACGUUAUGAAGUUUAUGGCAGCAUCAACACUGGGGAUGGUAAAGUAGUGCAUAACCUGUUUGGCAAGUGGAAUGAAGCUUUCUUCUGUGGGCAUGCUGCAACUGCUAAAUGUAUAUGGAGGCCUGGUGCUAUGCCAGAGAACAGUGAACUGUACUAUGGGUUCACCAGAUUUGCUAUUGAAUUGAAUGAGCUAGAUCCAGACAUGUCCAAAUUUUUACCACCUACUGACUCAAGAUUUAGACCUGAUCAAAGGCUGUUGGAAGAAGGCAAGAUUGCUGAGGCUGAAGCAGAAAAACUUAGACUGGAGUCUGUACAAAGAGAGAGAAGAAAAAACAGGGAAAUGGGCGGAGAGGAGCCUAAACCUAUGUGGUUCAAAAAAAUUCUUGUUGAUGGCAAGACAGAGACCUACGAGUACUCAAACAAAUACUGGGAGGCCAGAAAGGAUCCAGGAUUCUCUCGCAUGUCUUUCAGGCCACUUUUCUAAAUGGACUGGUUGCCAGUAAAUUUAAGUGGAAAGUUUGCCGUUUCUUGUACUUCUGUUUUUUUUUAACAGUUUUAAUCAUUCAUGACCACAUGUGUAGAGCCACUGGUUUCAGUCUUAAAAAGAUUCAUCAAAGUAUUAUAGAGAAUGGAAGACAUUAAGACAAGACAACUAAGUGCUGACAUCUUUUAUAUAUUUUACCCUUAACAUGGCUGAGGUCUGCAGGACAACCCAGUAGCAUUUUUAGAUCUUCAAGGCAAUUCUCCUAUCAGGACUUUGGCAGAAACAUUUAUGUGAUGGAAAAAUUCUUCUAUCAAAACAUGAAAUUUAGACAAGGCCUUGCAACUAUUAACUAGUUUAUUUUUUGUGCUGAGCAUGAAAUCUUAAAGGCAUACAUUUUUUUUUUCCUUUUAAAAAGUUAAUUUAUUGUUAUAUCAAACUAUUUUUAUUAACUAGUAAAUAUGAAAUAUUUAACAUUUUUAAUGGAUUUUUGGGGCACUUUUUGUGAGUGUAUAUAUAUAUAUAUUAUUUUAUUUUUGGUAAAAGCUAUUUAAAUAUUGCCUCUGGUAGAAUAAGUAAAUUCUAAAACUGUCUAGAGGUUUGGAUUUAAUUCCUUAGGUUGUUAUUUGGAUUAAGCUGCGUUACAUUUUGUUGUAGCAAUAGAACAUUUAUAUCUUCUGAUGGGGUUGAUAAAUCUAUAGACUAUUGGUAAUGACAUCAGCUUAUUUAGACUGGACUGAACCUUAUGUAUGUUCUAUAUUUUUGAGUAACAUGCAUUUUCUGUUUCACCCUGUGAAGGAUGACAAAAUGUCCAUGUACCACCUUGUACUUAUGUAAAGAUAGUAACAAACUUUUUAUUUAAGGUUAUUUUUUUAUCAGGCUUAUUAAUAUGGUAAUGGAUUGCUUGUUUUAAACAAACAUGUUGGACUGGCUACUUUGACUUAAGAGUCGUGAAAUAAACAGAAUACUUGCUUGCUAUAAAAUAAGGGUAAAAACAAAUAGCCUUUACCAUUUUUUAAUUUAUUCAAAACUUUGGUUCCCAAAUUUUCUUUUACUUGUGCAACUUCUCCUAUGGCUAGCCUUAUUCAUUACAAAUGAUAAUGUUACUAUGGCUCACAAUAUCCUUCAUAACAACCACAGAUUAUAGUUGUUUUUUUUCAUAAGGCUCACAAUAUCCUUCAUAACAACCACAGAUUAUAGUUUUUUUUUCAAACUAACUUUGUAAUUUAAUUUAGGCUCACUGGUGAAGCUAAUGUAAGAUAGUAAUUAUAAUUUCCCUACAAUAUCUUUAUGUCAGAGUCACAGGCUAAUGUAAUGUUUACUUUUUUUCUAUGGCCAAUGAUUAAUCACAGUGUCAUAUAGUUUGGGUUUUAUUAUAUUAUAGUUUUAUACUUGUUUGCAUGUUCAACUAGUUGAUUGGACUGCAUUAAAUAUAAAAUUGACUUUGCUAUGCUAUGUAUUCACCAGACAUUUUAUCUCAGGUCUUUUAUACGAUGCUACUUUUAAAAUAAAAAGUUUUUUUUUUAUUCUUAAGAAUAAAAAACCCAGAUCUAAUAAUCGCAGAACUGUUAUUCAAUAAUUUGUAAUGUUUGGUAAAGGCAAUUUUAAAAGGGUAAACUAUUUUAAUUAUAUAUUUUUGUGAAAUUUCAGACAAAGAUUUGACUAAAUGCUUCUUGUUUUAAAAAUUGGGCUAAUUCAUGAUAAUUUGUGUAUACAACCUGGCAGGUUCAACAAUUGACUUUAAUCAAUAAAGAGAAAAUUAGGCUCAUUUUUGUACAACUUAUUUUUUUGUUUUAAUUCUUGGAGAUUUCUAAACUCAUCAGGUUAACAUUUACUAUAUUGGCUAGUAAUUAAGGGCACAUAUUAAUAGUAUGUUGUAUAUUUUAACAUUAUCAUCCGAUUUUUUUUCAAUAGUAUUGACAAAUUUAAAUUUUGACAAAGACAUUGUGGUUUUGAUGAGUACAAUUAUAUUUUUAAUGCAUUUCAAUUAUGACAAGUUUUAACAGAAUAAUUAAAUGUGUGUAUUGACUUUAAAAUAAACUUUUGUCUCUUUCACUGAUGUCUCCUCUCCAAUAAUUGAGGAAUGGUAACUUAAACUAUAAACCACAAUGACAUCAAUCACUGUUCUUCUUUAACUUAAGCACCUCUGAGAUUAGCAUAUCAAUAAAACUGUUUUUGUUUUCUAAAAUAGUUAGAAUUUUUAAAUGAUAAAAAAUUUAACCUAUCCCUGUGCUGUUGCUUGAUAUCAUUUUGAACUAAUCUUGACAUAUUUGAUGGCAUCACAUUAUCUUACAACUUCUAAUAAAUAUUUCCUUUUCAAUUAAGACUUGAAUACACAAAGAAGUAAUGCACUUUUCUGUUUUCCUAGUCCUACUUUCUCUCUAUGUCCGUCACACUGUUGGCACCUUGUGUAGUGGUUGUGAUUGUUCCCAGCGCUCACACAUUCAUACAUGUUGAUAUUCAACCUUGCUCUUAGUCCUCAUUUGUUUCAGAGCACUGUUGUCUUAGUAAACAUUUCCUAGAUUACUGCUCAUUAUUUCAAUGAUCCCUCAGUCAAGAGAUGGAGAACCACUGUUAAGAAUGAUGUGUACAAACAUAGAAACAGUUUUGUUUCGCUUCUUUUCUUGUACAUGAAGCAUGUGUUGUAGACUAUUUCAUCAAGGUGAACAUUUCAUAAUGAAAUCCUACACUGGCCUGUCACAAGAUUGAUUGUUUUGUUGAUUUUGUUAAUGGUCUUUAUCCAGGUACAUUGUAUCCACACAUUUAACAUUUAAGUUAGAUAUUUAAAAAAAGAUAAUUCCCAUUUCAGUUUCUGACUAUUGUAAGUAAAGUUCCCUUUUCAGACUCUGAAAUCUAUGGGGAAGAUGAUAUAAAGGUCAUCUGUUUCUAUGGCCCAUAGUUAAUUAGGUUGUUAUGUGGCCAGCACAAUGACCAACCGCUUUUACUUUUCCCCAACUAAUGUCUGGUACCUAUUAGAGCUGGGUGGACUCAGAGGUGCCCUAAAGAUCUCAAAAUAAAAAAUCCCAGUCUUCACCACAAUUUGAACCUGGGACACUUUGGUUUGGAAGCCAAGCUCUUUACCAUUCGGCCACCAAGCUUCCAUUUCUGAUUGUUUUACCUUAGUUAAUUUUCUGAGAUUUAAACCUAAUGACCUUGUAUUUUACCUAUGAAAUCUUACCAUGCUAUUUAGAUGUGCUUUUGACAGGAGCAUUCCCUUUUGUUUUGUUUAAUAAAUAUCACUUUUUCAUAUAAGAAGCAGAUCAGAGCUAGGAAUUUAAAUUGUUUGGGUUAUCUCUUGUGUGACAUUCAGUUUUUAAUCAAAUUGUUUGAUGAUUCAUGUCUUGAAAAACUUGUUCUCUGUCUGAAGUUCUUUCAACUUGUGUAUUGUAUGCACUCCUUAUGAUACUAUUGAAUUGUUCCAAAUGUGUGCAUUACAUGUCCUUCCUCUUUCCUUCAUGUAUCCUUCCGCUUGUAAUCUCACUUUGCUUUACAACAACGAUGUAGUGAUUUUUUUUUCAUGUUAUAGAAAUCUAUAAAUCUAAAUAUCUAUAAUGAAUAUGCUUGCUUAUUUGAACAAGGCAUUAUGAGUCUGAAGAAAAUGAGAAAAUGGCUGGAUGGCUUCGACAAACAUUCUUGUAACAUGUGUAUUUUCUUGAUUUAAAUAACAUUGUGUUCAAUAUUAUAAAGUGUUUGAUUACCAAAAUGUUUCUAUUUUUAUAUUUUCCUGUUAUAUUGAAAUUUGCUUCUCAAUUAUUAUUAUGGUGCAGGAUAGUUGCAAUAUACUGGUUUGAAUGUUGUGUUAAUAGAUUGAGAAGUUUAAUUGCUUACCAAUAUUUACAAAUGUAUUUAAUUUUUAUUUCUGCUUGUUUCUUGUUAUUGUUUUUUUAGCUCUUGUUAAUUCCUUUUUUUUUCUAAGGUUUUAUAGGAAAGUUAUAAUUUGAAUUAACUCAAUUAUUUUCACAUUUGUUAGAUCCACAUCUUCCAAUGAGCCUUCAGGGCAAGUCUUUAAAAUGUAAAUUAUUUUUUGUAACCAAGGAUGUCCUAGAGUCUUUGUUUGUAUCACAUUGUUAGAUAUUGUCAUCAAAAUGGGCUUGACUCUACUGGAUACAUGUUCGGCUGCUAAUGAAAAUUAUUUUUGACCAUUUUUAUAACUUAUUCCUGUUUCAAAAACUCUGCAUUAACUGCAAUAGUAGAUUAUUUUAUUCUGCUUGCGUUUUACUUCUUUUUAACUUCAGUUGUCCAUUGAUUUAUCCACUGUGCUUAACUAUAUUGAUAUGUUCUAUUGUUAUUUUGUACUCUAUGUUAACUAUAUUAUUACAAUAUGUUAUUGUUUUUAGGUCAAAGGAGGCAAAUGUUGCUUCCUGUGGGGUGAGGGGGAAGGUAUAAUGAAAUAUCAACAAAGUGAUGAAUUGUUUAAAAAGUUGUCUGAUAUAUCUUGUCCAGUCAACCUAGAACCAGUUCGGUUUGCUGCAUUGUUCAGUUAUAAACGCUUUAAAAGGCUCUGGCUGUGGUGGUUUACAUUUUAUCGUGAUGAAACAUAUUACAAGUCAUUCUAAUUACUUGAUGACUUUGUAAUAACAACCAAUCUUUCUACUUGAAGCAUGUGAUACACUUUUAUCUAUUGAGUCACAGGAAAACCUUUCCUUCAGUCAUCCAGUAGCUUUGUGUUUUUGUCUUCACUGUCUUUCACUCUCAUAUUUUAUCAAACUUUUAGAACACAUUCUGAAAUGGUCUUAUACAAGGGUGGGAAAACCAUGGUUUUAUUCAUUUUAUUCUCAGAAUUAUGAGUAUGUUUUAUUUGGAUACGUUUUAUUAUAUUCAUAUACUUAGAAUGAAGUUUUUAUGAAGUAUUCUCAAAAUGAACAAUAAAUAUUCUAUUUUUGGUUUAACUACUUUUAUCAUCAUCAUCAUUGGCUGCCUUCUGUUGUGAGAUGACUUUGGAUUAUCUUGUGGAACAUUUCUUGUUGUGGCUAUAAAUCCCUAUUUUGGAAAGACUCUUCUCUGAGGCAUUUUUUGUAUGCGAAAGUAGAACCUGACUGUGGAUUGGAGUAGUCGCUUGCUAUUUUGCUCGCUGUUCAUUGCUUGACUUGUUAAAACUUCUCUCCACAUAGUGGGCUCUAGAACUACGCCAUUCUAGUCACUUACAUCUAUAUCCACUACAUUAUGAUCCCUUUUGACUACAUCCACACAGUGAAGGUGGGUGGAAAAGUUCACUACACUUUAUGAGAAGUGUUUCUUACAUCAGGUCUGUUCUCAUUGAUUUAUCAAUUUAGUUCUAACCUUUGCCUUCUACAUCACAGAGCUGAAUCGCUUAUAGAUGCAUUCAUGCUAUAUAAAUUAUACUAAGUAAAUAAACUUUAUGUGAACUUAAGCUACAAACAAAGAUAUAUUCACAGAUAUUUCAUAUGCAUGUUUUUAACAAAGUUUUAAAUUAUUUAAAAAAAGGGGAAACAACUAAGAUAAGCUUUGGAAACACUCGUUUUUUUUUUUUAGAUGUCCCACUUGAAAGCUGAAGAAACAAGUCUUGUCAUCUUUUUGACAUUUUUCAUUCAUAUGUUCCACUCUGAGAUGCAGUUAUAUUUCACAUAGUGAUUAUAAUUAUGUAUGACAUAACUUCAGAUACAAAACCUGAAGAAUACAUAGUGUCUCUGUUACAAACUGGCCAAAUAUCUUUAGGUAAGAAUAUACCGUUGGACAGUUUAACAGUACAUCUUGUCUUCUAAUUGUAUUUGAUAUUUUGAUUCGAUAAUUAGUUACAUACAAUAAGAAUAAUUUCCUUCUGCACCAUCCGAUAUAUUCUUGCCUAUUCAAAGUUUUCUUUAUUUAUUCUGGUGAAUUUGUGUGUGUAGAUAUAUAGACUAGAUUAUCUUUAUUUAUUCUGAAAAUAUCACAUGCACACUUAUACACAUCAUGCCAAGUCACCAACUUAUCUCUAAGACUGUUACUAUAAUGCAUUUUGUUUGUACUUUUAUGUCCUCCCUUGAUCCAUAAUUGGAGCCUUCAUUCAGACCUGAAGCUCUGCUCUCUCUAAUGAGAGCUCUCCUUGUGACUGGGCUACAAUCUUAUGUUUCAAAUAGCUGAUAAUUUCUUGUCUCUCAGCAUGAAAGGAAUCUUUGACCUUUUCAAACUUUUAUGCUACUCUUGAGAACCUGCCAAAAUAAAUUUUACUCCUACAUAUUAUGUUUCCCAUUGACCUAGAUGCUAGGACUGUGGGUCGGUUGUUGGCCCUUGCUUAAAAAAAGAUAAUCUGUCCAACUUUAGUCUGAAACUAUUGAAUAAAAUGCUACCAAACAGUUUUCUCAAGACCCUCUCUGUUUUUUUCCUCCCAUUCCAUUUUGUGUUUUGGUUUUAAAUACUCCAGGUGAAAGAGGUUGAUUUUUAUAUAUAUUUUCCUUAUUCUGUGAUAGUUUCUGAACAUUGUUUAUCUAUAAACAUUUCUUCUUUUGUUCAUUCCUAACGUGUGAGUUAUCACAAUCAUUUCUAUCACUCUGCCACAAUAUGUCAUUUAAUUUUGUCCAUUUAGAAAUGAUCACAUUGGUAUAAGGGAUUUUUUAAUUAGAGUAGUUUCUUCUGUAUGUAGAUAAAUUGACCACUCUGUGUGAAUCAUUUGCUGUAUACAAUUAUGUAUUUACUUACUAGAUUUGCCAGUAUAGGCAAAUACACAUUUUUUUUUGUCCUUAUUUUAUAAUAUACUUUGUUUUUGUAAACUUAAAGUCAAGAAAAUAUAUGUGUAGCAUAUUGUGGGGAAGUGUUAUUUACAGUUUAUUAUAUUUAUUAUAUACAUUCAAUACUGUUAUAAAAUUGUGACUUGAUAGAAAACUUUUAAGCACUAGAAUUUUAUUUUGUUUUAUGUGUGUGUGUGUGUGGACUUUUUGUAGACGUAUAUUUUGUAACAUUUAAUGAUACCCUUAUGUUAUACAUUGACUUAUGAAAACUGUUCAGCCUUAGACCAUGUAGCAAAGCAAUGUCUUUAUGUUCAGUUUUGUGAUUGUGUUUGUUUUGCCUCAGUGAGAACAUGUAAAUAGUUUAGGUGCUUUGUGAGAAACAAUUAUGCAUGACUUGAUUUUGUUUAAAGUAGAAAGAGCCUAUGCUCAGGGCAACAUAGAUAAGAAAGUUUUAGAUCAACACUGCUUUUAUGUUUUGUUUGGUACUUUGAGCCAUUGGUAUUAAGGCAUUCAAUAAUUCAAGUGCUGGACACUUAAUCUGGGUCAUGGCAAUCUUUAUAUUAUUUUACAAGAAGUAGGUCACAGUGUACAACUUGCUGACUCAACAAUUGAAUUCAGUGUACUACUUGAUUUUCUCUUGCUGACUCAACAAUUGAAUUCAGUGUACUACUUGAUUUUCUCUUGCUGACUCAACAAUUGAAUUCAGUGUACUACUUGAUUUUCUCUUGCUGACUCAACAAUUGAAAACAAACUCAAAAAUGUAUUUUUUUGUUCAUUGUAAAGACAUGUAGAAUUUGAGACACUCAAAAUUUUGUUUUGUUAAAUUUCUCUCUAGAUCUAGUUGCAAAAAAAUGUAGCAGCUAACGCUUCAUCUUUUUAAUACAUAGUACAGGCUAGGAGUGAAGGACACUGGUCAACAGGACUUUCUUAUGCGGGUUACCAGACUUGGCUGAAGGUGAUAUGAGAAAACCUACCCAUUGGCCAGAAUAAAUUAGUCCAUUGAAACCUUUAUAUUGAUUAGAUAAGACAACUUUGGAGUCUCAAGAUUAAAGAAUAGGGGAGUAUUUUAUGUGGUUAAUAAAACCCAACUGUGAUCUACAUUUUUUUUUUCACAUAUCACAUACAAAGCAGUUGAACAAAUAUUAUUUCAAGAAUCUCAUGGUAUCAACUUGUCUACAUUUUGAACUUUCUAUUUUACAACUAAUUUAGAUUCAUUAAAAGGGUCAAUGGGGUUGGUUUUAUUUAAUAUAUUUUACAACUCUUUCAAAAUAUUUUUUUAGAGUUAGGAUUUUUAUCACUUUAAUAACAGAUUUAACAUGUUCAUAUUUUUUUUCUAUUAUUAUUUAUCUUAAUAAGAAUUAGGAAGUAACACAAGUCUUUUUUGAAGUAAGCAAAUGAAAGUUGAAGUUUCUCUUUAGUUUCCAUUACAUUCUGUUCAGUUCUCAGAGGGCUACUCCAGACUUCUUGUAUUCAUUUUAACUCAUGACAUACAGUAAUUUUGAGGACACAUUGGUUUCAAUGGUCCAGUGUCCUGGGCACUGAUCAGAACACUGAUGAGGAAUGACUUAGGCAUGAGUGACAGUUUUUAUGAAUGUUUUCAAGAGCCACACCAUCCAAUCUUCUACUAGGCGCCAUGUUGAUCUUGUAGUUUUUAACUUUUGUAUUGUUUGUAGCAUUUACAAUACCUAGACUGCAUGAUACAGGACAAUUUUUAAAACUGUACAAUGUAUUAUUACUCCAGUUCAAUCUGAAUUUUACGUGCAUAUCAAUGCUAAUUAGAUUUGCUUAAUCUCUGAGUGACUAUUUUUCUCUUUCAAAUUAAUGGUACCGGUAUCCCUCCUUCUCUAUGAGCUUUUCUCAAUUCUAGGCCAUUGGUCUUCUUUUAUCCCAAUCCAUGUGAUGAGUUGAAUUGGAUCUAAACAUUCACAGGCUGUAUUGAGGAUUUCACACAUUUUUAGUGAUGUGAGUGAUGUGUUUUACUGUUUAGCUUAUAUUAGGGGAGCUAACCUCAAGCUAGCCCAUUUCUCUCUUUUCCCUCAUUAAUGCAGCUAUUAUAGUCAGCUUAUUUUAAAUAAACAAGUUUACUGAAGAAGUUUUACUUGGAAGGCUUUGAUGUCGAGCUGGUAAAGUUUUAUUAACUAUCUUGUGUGGUUUAAGAUUAACAACCAUGUUAGCUGGACAACUUUCCAAUCAUAAUUGAGAGGAUUUAAAUCAGCAAUGAAAAUUUUAAAAUUUGUUAGCAUUAUAUAUAUUUUAUUGUUGUUACUAUUUUUGUUAGAAUUAAUUUGUUAAACAUAUUCUGUUGAAUAACUAAUGAUAAUAUUAGGCUACAAGUUUCUCCCUGGACUACUCCAUGUAUUCUUUCUUUCUGCUCAUAUAGUAAUCAGAAGAAAGAGAACUUAAAAUGAGGAACUAUAAAACAAAUAUAUUGAAUGAAAGUUGAAAACUAAGACUGUACUAUUUUUCUAACCAAACUCUUCUAUUUUUUUUCUUCUUUUAAUACAAGACUUUGAAGACCUCUAUUUAGUUCUGGCAAAAUGUAUUUUGAUUUUAACAUUAUUUUUCAGUAACUCCAGUAUCAAGUUUCAUGCCAUAGAAAAUAUCAAGAAUUUAUUUGAAAUGUUAAACAGUAAAACUGUAUUAAUGCACGUUUGUAGUACUCAAUUUACAAGCAUUCAUCACAACUUAUAUUUAUGAGAGUUGACUUCCUGUUAUUACAGCUGUUAUAUCCCAAGGAACUAUCACUAUUUGUCUAUUAUUUAAGAAUUAUUGUUAUCACAACCUAUACAUUUGUGUUACAAAGGUCUGUCCUUGUGACACAGAGCUGCAUGAAUAGUUUUUGGCGAAUGCUUUGUAUUCAAUUUUGAUUUCACUCAGUACACUCCUUAUAUAUAUUAAAUAAAUGAUCAACUUUUUGCUGUAGCCUACAUAA